GAGACGUGGUUGUGGAGAAGGAAGUGAAAGAAAAAGCCAGAUCAUAGGCUGGGGUAGUGGGUAGUUAGCUGAUUGGGAGACAAGAAAGCUAGCUCUCUGGCAAAGUGCUAAAUUUAAAACUAUUUAUUUCUGUAUUUCUUUCGUCAAUUUUCGAUCGGUUUUAGUUUUUGGUGUUUACACCAAGUAAAGCACAUAUUUUGUGCAGUUUCAGCCGAGUCGUUCCCUAAUUACCGCUGGUCGACCAGUCGAGCUCCGGGCAGCUAGCUGGCUAACGUAACGCCUAAUUCGGUUAGCUGUCUUGAACAAUAACAGCUAGUUAGCUCGCAACCCGGCUCCGAAACGGUCCAGAAGUCGGCUCUAGGGAGUGUUCGCAACUUUAAGCUGAACAAUGACGUCUAGGAAGAAAGUGCUCCUUAAAGUCAUCAUCCUGGGAGAUUCUGGAGUUGGAAAGACCUCCCUAAUGAACCAGUACGUGAACAAAAAGUUUAGUAACCAGUACAAAGCAACAAUAGGAGCAGAUUUCCUCACCAAGGAGGUUAUGGUGGAUGACCGACUUGUUACAAUGCAGAUCUGGGACACAGCUGGCCAGGAGAGGUUUCAGUCUUUGGGUGUUGCGUUCUACCGUGGGGCAGACUGCUGCGUGCUGGUUUUUGACGUGACUGCACCCAACACCUUCAAGACGCUCGACAGCUGGAGGGAUGAGUUUCUAAUCCAGGCCAGCCCGCGAGACCCCGAGAACUUCCCUUUUGUGGUGCUAGGCAACAAGAUUGACCUGGAGAACAGACAGGUGACCACUAAAAGGGCUCAGGCCUGGUGUCAGAGUAAGAACAACAUCCCGUACUUUGAGACCAGCGCCAAAGAAGCCAUAAACGUAGAACAAGCAUUCCAGACUAUCGCACGCAACGCUCUCAAACAGGAGACAGAGGUGGAGUUGUAUAAUGAAUUCCCAGAGCCCAUAAAGCUGGACAGGAACGACAGAGCUAAACCUUCUGCAGAGAGCUGCAGCUGCUGAGGGACAAACUGGACCAUCUUCUCUCAUCUUGUCAUCACCCUGUUACAUGUCAUCAGCCUCGCUCCCAGGGAAAAAAAGCAACAAAAAAACCCAAAACGGUUUCCUUAUUGGUCUUCCUCACACACCGCUCAUUCCAUUGACACCACCCCUCACUCUGUAUGCCGCACAUGGAUGUACGUCACCCCCACCCCUCCCCCACCCCCAAACCUCUUUCUCGUUCCCCACUUAGUACAUAAAUUAAUACACCAGUUCACCCUCGCCCUCACCCUCGAUUCAAUGACGAAUCCAGCGCAGUAAAAAUCACAUGAGAGAAGAAACGCACCCUUCGUGACCUCACACCCAUGACUCGGUAGUGAGUGAACUCCUGUAUUUUGCCAUGUUUGUCAGGUUUUGCCCCUGACUCACUCUGAGAGGGCGAGGCCAUGGAGCCAUGUUCAGAGUGCAAUUAGGAAAUCUGGACGGACUCCAGAGCUCUCAAAGCAAGCUCUGUUGUGAGAUGAUGUUGGCUUUUCCCAAGAUGCAGCAUCCCAAAUAUCAUUCUCUGCUUUCUACUCGCUUUCUUUUGCGCCUUUCUCAUGAAAUAAACUAGCAGAACUAAAUAAA